AUGGCUGGUCAGGCUGAAAAGAAGCAGGCUCAAAACAAUUUGCUUGUUCUCAAAGAGAUUCACAUCAUUUCAUUGAUUGUUAAUCUUGUCUCAUUAUUGUGUCUAAUCAUAUUUAGAAGACCUGGCAACUAUAAACCUUAUCUCCUACUCAGUAUUCCUGGAUGGCUAUGUGAGUACAUUCUUGAAAGAAUAGGAAGACCGAAAUAUGAAACUGACUCUGUUAGUGGCUAUCCAGUACUUGUUCGUGCAGGUGAAGACCUCAGACAGGUGGGUCUUACGGAAUACAUGUUUGAUGUUUUCUAUCUAACGCAAGGUUCAGACAUCUUGAUGUGUUUGUUUGGAUCCAAUAAGGUUUGGUGGUUGUUGGCUCUCGUUCCUGUUUAUGCUGCUUAUAAGAUUUUUGGUCUUUGGCUGAGAUUCCGUGGUAGUAAGCAGUCUGCUACGAAAGCCCAAGCUGAUGGUGCAAGAGGCCAGCCCGAAAAAAGUAAAAGGCAAUUAAAGAAAGAAGCUCGUGCAAGCAAGCCUCAUUACGCUAGACAUUAG